AUGACAGCAACGGUAGGAGCAGGACCGAGUGGUGAACAGGCCAUGGAGAGAGCGUCCGCGGGGGCCGGUACCGGUGGUGAACAGGCCAUGGAGAGAGCGUCCGCGGGGGGCGGUACCGGUGGUGAACAGGCCAUGGAGAGAGCGUCCGCGGGGGGCGGUACCGGUGGUGAACAGGCCAUGGAGAGAGCGUCCGCGGGGGGCGGUACCGGUGGUGAACAGGCCAUGGAGAGAGCGUCCGCGGGGGCCGGUACCGGUGGAGACCAGGCCAAGGAGAGAGCGUCCGCGGGGGCCGGUACCGGUGGAGACCAGGCCAAGGAGAGAGCGUCCGCGGGGGCCGGUACCGGUGGAGACCAGGCCAUGGAGAGAGCGUCCGCGGGGGCCGGUACCGGUGGAGACCAGGCCAAGGAGAGAGCAUCCGCGGGGGCCGGUACCGGUGGAGACCAGGCCAUGGAGAGAGCGUCCGCGGGGGCCGGUACCGGUGGAGACCAGGCCAUGGAGAGAGCGUCCGCGGGGGCCGGUACCGGUGGAGACCAGGCCAUGGAGAGAGCGUCCGCGGGGGCCGGUACCGGUGGAGACCAGGCCAUGGAGAGAGCGUCCGCGGGGGCCGGUACCGGUGGAGACCAGGCCAUGGAGAGAGCGUCCGCGGGGGCCGGUACCGGUGGAGACCAGGCCAUGGAGAGAGCGGCUGCGGGGGCUGUUGGACACACUUGCUCCCUGGCUCUGGGUCACUCAGUCCCCAGCCUCUCCAUCACUCCAGGGCUUGCAGCUGCCCUGACCCCCGGCGGCAGGCCACAGCGGCCCCGAAAGGCCACACAGACUGAGGCCGCCCACGGCGAAACCACAGGGGCCAUCGGACGCGCAUGGGCCAUGUGCGGAGGCCGCCCACGGGGACACCACAGGGGCCAUCGGACGCGCAUGGGCCAUGUGCGGAGGCCGCGCACGGGGACACCACAGGGGCCAUCGGACGCGCAUGGGCCAUGUGCGGAGGCCGCGCACGGGGACACCACAGGGACCAGACGCGCAUGGGCCAUGUGCGGAGGCCGCCCACGGGGACACCACAGGGACCAGACGCGCAUGGGCCAUGUGCGGAGGCCGCCCACGGGGACACCACAGGGGCCAUCGGACGCGCAUGGGCCAUGUGCGGAGGCCGCGCACGGGGACACCACAGGGACCAGACGCGCAUGGGCCAUGCGCGGAGGCCGCCCACGGGGACACCACAGGGACCAGACGCGCAUGGGCCAUGUGCGGAGGCCGCCCACGGGGACACCACAGGGACCAGACGCGCAUGGGCCAUGUGCGGAGGCCGCCCACGGGGACACCACAGGGACCAGACGCGCAUGGGCCAUGUGCGGAGGAGCCCACGGGGACACCACAAGGGCCAUCGGACGCGCAUGGGCCAUGUGCGGAGGCCGCCCACGGGGACACCACAGGGACCAGACGCGCAUGGGCCAUGUGCGGAGGCCGCCCACGGGGACACCACAGGGACCAUCGGACGCGCAUGGGCCAUGUGCGGAGGCCGCCCACGGUGACACCACAGGGACCAGACGCGCAUGGGCCAUGUGCGGAGGCCGCCCACGGGGACACCACAGGGACCAUCGGACGCGCAUGGGCCAUGUGCGGAGGCCGCCCACGGUGACACCACAGGGACCAGACGCGCAUGGGCCAUGUGCGGAGGCCGCCCACGGUGACACCACAGGGACCAGACGCGCAUGGGCCAUGUGCGGAGGCCGCCCACGGGGACACCACAGGGACCAGACGCGCAUGGGCCAUGUGCGGAGGCCGCCCACGGGGACACCACAGGGACCAGACGCGCAUGGGCCAUGUGCGGAGGCCGCCCACGGGGACACCACAGGGACCAUCAGACGCGCAUGGGCCAUGUACGGAGGCCGCCCACAGUGA